AUGACUAUGUUAUUCGGCUUCGGCCAAUCUGCCGAUAUCACCAUUAACUUGGAUAGUGAAGAGAGUAGAAAGGUUGCGAAAAUUCGCGGAGAGGAUGGUCAGAUGGAAACUCAUUACUUAUUUUAUGACGGGGAAACAGUUUCUGGAACCGUAAAUGUAGCCUUAAAGAAAGCUAAUCAAAGAUUGGAACACCAUGGAAUUCGUGUUGAGUUCAUUGGUCAAAUAGAAGCUUACUAUGAUCGCGGAAAUCAGCAUGAUUUUAUUUCUCUUUCGUAUGAGCUAGCCAGGGCUGGAGAGUUAACUUCGAACAAAUCUUAUAAAUUUGCUUUUAAUAAUGUUGAGAAGCCUUACGAGUCAUACAUGGGACAGAAUGUCAAAUUACGGUAUUUCUUACGCGUCACUAUUGUGCGAAGAAUAACAGACAUCACGAAAGAGAUGGAACUCAUCGUGCAUACCCUAAGUGCCUAUCCUAAUGCCGAUAACAAUAUUAAGAUGGAAGUCGGAAUAGAAGAUUGCUUACAUAUUGAGUUUGAGUAUAAUAAGAACAAAUAUCAUUUAAAAGACGUGAUUGUUGGGAAAAUAUAUUUCCUCCUUGUUCGGAUCAAGAUUAAAUAUAUGGAAAUUGCUAUAAUGAAGACUGAAGUUGUCGGCGCUGGGCCGAACACCAUCAAGGAAAAUGAAACGGUAGCGAAAUUUGAAAUUAUGGAUGGAGCUCCCGUUCGAGGAGAAACCAUUCCCAUUCGACUCUUCCUCGGAGGUUAUGAUUUGACACCGACUAUGCGGGAAGUUGCAAAGAAAUUCACUGUAAAAUAUCUUCUUAACCUCGUCUUAGUGGAUGAAGAAGACAGAAGAUAUUUCAAGCAACAGGAAGUAACCCUCUGGCGUAAGUCGGAUAAUCCCAUUCGACGUAUUAAUGAAGGAGCUGCUGUUGGACAAAUGCGAACGAUUCCUGAGCCGGAGUCGGGUGAUAACAAUAUUGACGAGUAA